UCCUGCUUAGCCACUUCGGUCACUACCGUCUCCACGUCUGCCACCGCCACCACCAUGCUCUCAGUCCGCACCCCACUCGCCACCAUCGCAGACCAGCAGCAGCUGCAGCUCUCGCCGCUGAAGAGGCUCAGCCUGGCCGACAAGGAGAACACGCCCCCGGCCCUCAACGCGACCCGCGUCCUGGCCAGCAAGACCGCGAGGAGGAUCUUCCAGGAUCCCGAGGAGCCGAAAACUAAAGUACCUGCCCCCAGCGUGGAGGAUGAACCACUACUGAGAGAGAACCCCCGCCGCUUUGUCAUCUUUCCUAUCGAAUACCAUGAUAUCUGGCAGAUGUAUAAGAAAGCUGAGGCUUCCUUUUGGACAGCUGAGGAGGUGGAUCUUUCCAAGGACAUUCAGCACUGGGAAUCCCUGAAGCCUGAGGAACGAUAUUUUAUAUCCCACGUUCUGGCUUUCUUUGCAGCAAGUGAUGGCAUAGUAAAUGAGAAUUUGGUGGAGCGAUUUAGCCAAGAAGUUCAAAUUACAGAAGCACGCUGUUUCUAUGGCUUCCAAAUUGCCAUGGAAAACAUACAUUCUGAAAUGUAUAGUCUCCUUAUUGACACUUACAUUAAAGACCCCAAAGAAAGGGAAUUUCUCUUCAAUGCCAUUGAAACAAUGCCUUGUGUGAAGAAGAAAGCCGAUUGGGCCUUGCGUUGGAUUGGGGACAAAGAGGCUACCUAUGGAGAGCGUGUUGUAGCCUUUGCUGCUGUGGAGGGAAUCUUCUUUUCUGGUUCUUUUGCAUCGAUAUUCUGGCUCAAGAAACGAGGACUGAUGCCUGGCCUCACAUUUUCCAAUGAACUUAUUAGCAGAGACGAGGGUUUACACUGUGACUUUGCCUGCCUGAUGUUCAAACACCUGCUGCACAAACCAUCAGAGCAGAGAGUAAAAGAAAUAAUCAUCAAUGCUGUCAGGAUAGAACAGGAGUUCCUCACAGAAGCCUUGCCUGUGAAGCUAAUUGGGAUGAAUUGCACUUUGAUGAAGCAGUACAUUGAAUUUGUGGCAGAUAGGCUUAUGCUGGAGCUGGGCUUUAACAAGGUUUUCAAAGUAGAAAAUCCAUUUGACUUUAUGGAGAAUAUUUCACUAGAAGGGAAGACUAACUUCUUUGAGAAGAGAGUAGGCGAGUAUCAGAGGAUGGGAGUGAUGUCGAAUCCAACAGAUAAUUCUUUUACCUUGGAUGCUGACUUCUAAAUGAACAGAAGAUAUGCUUUUAUUUGGCUGAUUUCCCCCCCCCACUCCCUUACCUGCCAUCCCCCCAAAUCAGCUAAAAUGAAUCCACCAGCUACACCAUUGUCCAUAUGUUCAUUAAUGGCAUCUAAAAAACCGUGUAGCUACCUCAGAAUCCUUGUUGGCUUUGGCAAGCAGGCUGUCCAGCUUCACAGCACUAAUGAUGACGAUCUGGCUUCAAAGUGAGGAACCCUCAAGCAAGCCUGCCCCAGCAGGAUUGAACAUUUACCAACCACCAGACAGUUCAGAUGUCAGUCUCACUGCUACAAAGAAGACUUUAAAGUUUACUUAACUAGUUUGUAAAUAAAACUGGCACUUUACACACAAAUGAACAUUGUAUUGUCAAGGGAAAAGCCUGAUUUGUUUGGUUUCUACAACAAAUGCAAAGUGUUGUACUUACCACUAAUGGCCAAUUCAAAAUUCACUGAGCUAAAGUUAAACUUCUGUUGACUAAGCAUGUAAUUUAGAUUUUGUUUUCUUUAAUGAACUGAAGAAUUCAAUAGAUUUUUAAGUCAGUCCUGUGUGUAUGUAGAUAGCUGGUGCCAGUAGAAGAUGAUUUGUUUAUUUUACUCUGGACCCCAGGUAGGGUGUCAGCAUGUCUUGCUCAACUGAAGAAUGAUGUGUUUUAGGGCAAGCAGCUUCUAACUUAAGUCACUGGGAAUUGAGGUGUGAUUUGGGUGACUGCUAGUGACCCAGUGACAUGUGAGGAACAGUAUCAUUGUUUCUCAGAUUGUACUUUCCUCAAUUUCUACUUGGUGUGAAAAGACUUAAAGGUCUUUGGAUUUAAAAUGCUAUUAUGACUUUUCAGAUCAUCCUUAGGCAAAGUGACCUGUCUCAGCUUUCCUAUUAAUAGUGGUGAAACCAGAACUGAAAUUGGCUCUCCUAGAUGUUGUGUUUAUUUCUAACUUUGUAAGUAGGUACUGUUGAGACUUGAUCAUUUUUACUUGUCUCUGUAAUUAGAAAAUAUGUUUUACUCUAUGUCUAUUUAGGUUUUAUUUGUUUUGGGGGGGGAAAAAUCACCCAGUAUUAUCUUAAAGACAUUGUUCUAACUAUUCUAACAUAUGCCUAAAUAUAAGCAUCACCUGGUGAAUUCUUUAACAGGUAAUUUCAGGUAGAGGUAUAGUUAACAGCCAGUUUAGAUCAAUCUACCUUUGGAAUAAAAAAACCCAAGGUGUUACACAGAAGAUGGUGCAUGACUUGUAUUGAUCUUUGGCUCUGUUUGUUAACUGAUUGGGUUGUGUAUUAGCUGACCAUUUGUCAGUUUCCUUUUAUUGUAUAGUCUUUGAAUUCCUAUAAUAUGGGACUCUUGUAUCUUAAAUUAUUGUUGCUUAAAGUUAAUAAAUUCGGGUUAUAUUGUCCUUA